ACGUGAACGCCAUGUUUAUUAUCGCAAAGCGCUACUUCGGAGUCGACGUUUAAUUUUACCGCUGUGCCCGUGGCAACCUCUCGACGGCCAGCUCAAGUAGAUAAAUAUCGAUAUAUUUCGGUUGAGCAGUUCUCGCAUUCAACGGGAAUAUAUAUCGUUUUGUGAUAUCUCGUCCAAGUUCGAAAUUGUCUUGUGAGCCGCGCAAAAUCAAAAUUCACCCGUUCGAAGGAUAUUUUCGCGUUGGGAUCGACGAUUUUUCGUAAUGUCCGCAGAUAAAACGCAAUAUUGAGAGAAGUCGGACAAAUGCAGUAGAGCAAUUUGGGAAAAAAUUUGACAAUUAUUUAUUCAGACAGUUCUAAUGCAAUGGAAAAUCAAUUAAUAGUUUGUAAUAAAGAUGAGGCGAUCGAUGUUCAAGAUAAUGUCAAUUCUUCCGAAUUACAAUCGGGAGUUGAGAUUAUCGAGCACGAACAAGAAGAAGAAAUAAUACAGCCAAAGCGCAAUGGUAUACAAACAGUCUUUGCCAAAUUUAUGGAAGAAAAACAUUCUAUUACGUAUAGAAAACUGGUGGUACCUCAAUCUAUGCGAAGUAUAUAUUGGAAAUUUUUUGGAUUUCCUGCCGAUGACGACGGGGAAAUUUUAACAAGAGUUAAAAUAGUUUGCUUACUAUGUAAAACACAAAUUGCUUACAAUAGAAAUACAAGUAAUUUGAGAAUGCACUUGCAAAACAAGCACGUUCAAGAGUUGCACGAUCUUGAAGCAAUUAGUCCGCCCCGUAAGCAAAUAGUCACGCAGGAGAGUAAAGAGCGAAGGGCUCAGAAAAGAAUGUUAAAAGCGGCAAUGGCCACUAGUACUCAACAUAUAUAUACGACAAACGCAGAUGGUACGGUACAAAUUGGCGGAGAUAUUCAAUUUAUGACAGACCCUUUUCCAGACCAAUGUCUAGAGGAAGAUCUUAAUGUUGGGGUAAACAUUGCCAAGCCCUUGAAAUUCAUGAUAAAAAGUGGACCUACGGAUAAUGUGUUGAAUAGUAAUAAUCAAAAUAUGCAAAAUAUGGCUUUUGUAAUGUCCGAUGAAAAUCAGCAGCAAUCAAACAUGAAUAGUAAGUCAGUUUCCGAAGCUAUUGUAGAAUUUCUAAUAAUAGAUUUGCAAUUGCCAGAAAUUGUUCAAGAGCAAGGAUUUCAAAGACUUAUUGCAACCUUAAAGUCCCCAUGCCAAAUACCAAGCAAAAAUUCAUUAGAAGAAGAGAUUAUUCCUAAAACAUAUGAAACAUUUAGAGAAACAAUAUUUUCUAAUAUUUCUUCCUUGACAAGUGAAAUAAGUUUAGCGGUAGACGAAUGGGCAUCUAAUUUUGGAGAAAUUUUUUAUACAUUUUUUAUUUAUUAUCAGAAUCCAGGUGAAGCGGUGCUAGAAUCAAAAAUGUUAUGUACGAUACAUGGCCCAAGAGAAUGGGACGAAAUACAAUGGGGUAGUACAGUAGAUUCUAUAUUUAGCGAUUGGUAUAUUAAAAUGGAGAAGAUCACAGCUGUUGUUGUAUCAACAAACAGAGUGGAAUUAAUCAAUGCAUUCAUCAGUCGAGGCUUAUCCGUCAUUCCAUGUUUACUUCAUUCGCUGCAAGUUUGCGCGCAAGCUUGCUUCGAUAAUUUUCAAGUUGCUAACGUCUUAGCUAAUUGUAGAGCGAUUAUCGGAGCUAUUAUAAGCCAUCCAGAUUCUGCUGCGGCAUUCGCAAUGCAAGAACAACUCCUUGGACUUGAAGAGAAUACAAUGGUUAUGGAUUAUCCUUCCGUAUGGACGUCGACGUAUACUAUGCUCCAGCAGAUGAUUCCCCGUCGGGAUAUAAUUACUACCAUUUUAAGUGGUAUUGAGGGCAUUGACCUGAAUGCUGUUGAUCUUAACGAGGAGCAGUGGCAGGUUGUCAAUGAUUUGGUUGACGUUCUCGAACCUUUUAAAGUGACCAUAAUGACGCUCAGUGAAGAGAAAAUGCCGCUUAUAUCACUACUGAAGCCAUUACUUUGGCAAUUAGUUUCGGCGCAUCUGAAAAUUAAGGAAAAUGACAGUGAUAUUGCACGAUCUUUCAAAGAAUCAUUAUCAGAAAUGCUCUGCGAGCGUUAUUCGGAUCCUAAUGUUAGUUUACUAUUACAAAUUGCUACGACCCUGGAUCCAAGGUUUAAAGAAGUACCUUAUGCUACGGACGAAGAUAAAAAGAUGGUUGCAACCCCUAUUAAAGAAAUGCUCACGAGGCUAAUAGAGGAAGAAGAGGAUAAUUCAGAAACGAAAAAUGAAGACGAAUCGCUCGCUAAAAAGGGUCGACUAUCAGGAAUGGAACUGUUGCUGGGUGGCUUGCGAGCCAAUAAACGAGGGAUGUCCAUCCAGGAGAAGGCGAACCUCGAGCUCGCCCAGUACCAGUCCGAAUCAACGGCACCCUUGGACAAUUGUCCGCUUCAGUGGUGGACGAAAGUGUCGGCCAAGUGCCCGAAUCUCGGCAGCAUUGCCAGUCGCUACAAUUGCGUGCCGGUUUGUUGUCCUCCACCUGCGCGCAUCCCCGCCGAGGUGCAAAUGGUAUAUAAUGCCAAGAGGGCAGCUCUACCACCCCAUCUAGUCGAUAAGCUCCUGUUUCUUCACGCCAAUCAUAAUUUGGUGUAAACGGGUGGAAUCGCUUUUGUUUUGUUUAGUAAAUUAUGGGAAUUAUUGGUGAUUUUUGUGUCUUAUGUUCUGUAGGACAACGUGA